AUGACAAGUGACCAGCAGGACAGGGAUGAUGAGACCUUCUGGGCUCCCGGAACGGUUGCUCUGGAAGACUUACAUCGCACCAGAGAUCAAUUAGUUCUAUUUCCAACCCCUUCGUCAGAUCCCAAUGAUCCCCUGAACUGGUCGAGCGCUCGUAAAGCCUUGAACUUCACCUUGGUCAGCUUCUUCGUCCUGUGGACGUUUGUACAAUUGGAUAUUGGUUUCACAGCAUGGGGCCUAAUGGAGACUGAAUUAGGCUUCUCCGUCGAUACUCUGAAUGCUGGAGCAGCAGUCAACUAUGGUGGUCUUGGUAUUGGAUGUUUCUUCUUCAUUCCUCUAGUGCACAAGUACGGUCGUCGCCCUGUUUACAUUUUCAGUGUCGCCCUUCAGCUUGUUUCGUGUAUAUGGCAGGCUAAGGUCUACACUGUGGGUAGCUACAUGGGUGCGAAUUUGAUCUCUGGCUUGGGAGGUGCAAUCAGUGAAAUCAUUGUACAAAUCACCGUCGCGGAUCUCUUCUUCGUGCACCAACAUGCCACCAUGAACGGAUGGUUUGUGAUCUUCCAGUCCACUGGAGCAUUCCUAGGCCCCGUCGCCUCUGGAUACAUUGUUGACUCACAAGGCUGGCGAUGGACGUGGUGGUGGUGUGUUAUCUUCUUCGGCGUGACUCUGAUCUGCGUAUUCUUCUUCUUUGAGGAAUCCAAAUACGUGCCUGUGCUAGAUGGUCAAAUUGUGGCAGUCCAGCCUCAGGUGACCGCAGCAGAGGCCCCUCGGGAUAAGAAAGAUAAUGUCCAGGCUGAUGAUGAUGGCGAAGUCUCAAAUCCCGGUGUGCUUUCAACCCAAGUUAUGAUCAACCCGGACAUCCAGCUCAAAACAUACGGGGAACGAAUGGCCUGGAUUACACCAACCCCAGAGUCUAUGUGGCCCCAUUUCUGGCAACCGAUUGUCACAUUAUUCACUUUCCCCGCUGUCACUUAUGCUGCGAUCACGUAUGGAUCCACGCUGGCCUGGUUUGCGAUUAUGACCUCACUACAGGCAUCAUAUAUGCUCUUACCCCCGUAUAAUUUCGACGCGAUCGGAGUUGGUUUGAUGAACGUGGCACCUUUUGUUGGAGCUGUGAUAGGUUUCCCAGUGGGUGGUUGGCUCAGUGACAAGUCGAUUCUCUGGCUUUCCAAGAGAAACAACGGUAUUUAUGAACCUGAGAUGCGACUAUGGCUUGCAUUGCCGGUGGCUAUCCUGGGUCCAGCCUCGAUUUUGAUGUUUGGAUUGGGUCUUGCCUAUGGCGUUCACUGGUCACUUUUAGCAGUCGGAUUCGGAGUCUACGGAUUCACUUUGGCUUCUAUCAGUGGCAUCUCCUUAUCCUAUCUUAUGGAUUGUUACCAAGAUAUCAUCGGUAAUGCUCUUGUCGGCGUUAUAUUCAUGAGGAAUAUUAUUUCGCUCAUUGUUCUGUUCGUAUUGACCCCUUGGGUUAAUGGAAUGGGAUUGCAGAAUUUACAUAUUCUGUGUGCUGUUAUCGCCUUCGUCUUUUAUAUGAUUCCUGUGCCUCUUUUGAUUUGGGGUAAGAAGGCAAGAGUUGCCACUGCAGUGUCUUAUAGGAAGAUGUCUGAGAAACAAAUUACCCAUCGCGCAGUAUAG